AUGACAAGCGUGGACAGGGCAACGACCACGAUAGGUAUGGGACAGGUAACAGUAAUGCGUGUGUGUGAAUAUAUGUAUAUAUAUAUAUGUGUAUAUAUAUAUGUGUAUGUGUAUAUGUAUGUAUGUAGAGGACGAAGAGUGUGUGGGACACACGACGGUGACGGUGACCCGAGAAUCGCAACUUCGCUGCUGUAUAGCCAGUAUACAGCUAUCACAUCGCAACUUCACUUGUCUACAAUGACCACGCUAUAUAGUCUGGACCACCAGCAAAACCGGCCGUUGCAAGCACUACACACACUUCCGCUGCUGCCCGCUCCGCUCCACAGGUGUAUAGCACUGGACAAUGGGCCCCAGGGCAAGCAGGUGCUGCUGCCAGCACCUGAGCUGGAUCGCGCCGGCAUGGCAGACGCCGAAAUAGACCUGAAACGACAGCUGGACCGGUGGUCGUUCGGGCCCAGCAGCCGGGCCAGCAGCGUGGUCUCGCUGGACGGCGCCGUCGCCGGCGCCGUCGCAGGCGACGCGCUGCGGCGCUCGCGGAGCAGCACGGCGGUGUCUUCCGUCUCGUCCGCGGCGUCGUUUCCCACGGCGCUAACUCCGCCGUCGGCCGCUUCCGCCCACUACACGCUCGAGCCACGUGACAGCGUGCUCUACGCGGCCGGCGCCGUGCCCUCCACCCAUACCCCCGCCGAGCUGCAGCCCAAGCGUGUGCGCAGCUCCAUAGAACGCCGGCGCAAGUACGUGUGCAAGACGUGCCAGAAAGGGUUCACCACCAGCGGCCAUCUGGCCCGCCACAAUCGCAUCCACACGGGCGAGAAAAACCACGUUUGUCCGUUCGAAGGGUGCGGACAGCGUUUCAGCAGACACGACAAUUGCGUGCAGCAUCACAAGACGCAUCUCCGCUGA